UCUAAGGCAAGGGUUUAAAAUUUAAUAGGAAGUGUGGGGGCUUCGAUCAAUUCUGUCUCUGCAAACUCGUCUUCUUCAAUUCUUCGGAUAAAGAAAUCAAGAAUUCAUAUGUCCUCCAAAAUGCUGAGAGCCUUUGCAGGUUUUCUUGGGAAGAAGAAAUCAUCGAGGCCGUUCAAGGAUUUCUACGGCGAGUGGUUUAAGGCCCUGAAGAAUGAGCACCUUCCCCAUCUCCGCCGUGCGAUGACAUCAUCCACCGUGUCUCCGGUGAUCCUCGCAGCCCAAGUGGAGGCGCUGCACCGCCACCUGCUCGCGUACUACGAGGCUCUUGAUGAAGCUGCGGCGGACGACGUGGCUCAGGUUCUGUUUCCGGAGUGGCGGAACUGGUUGGAGAAGCCGUUCCUGUGGCUGGGCGACCUCCACCCCUACCUCUUCACCAAUCUCCUCCGAUCGUUCCUGGACUCCGAUGAGGAAGGGGAGGCGUCGACGGCGGGACAGCCGUGGUACCUGGCGACGGCGUGGCGCAGCCCUCCGAAGACGCUGAUGAGCCGGGUGGAUCAGAUCCAGUGCGGAUUGAGGCUGAUGGUCCCGGCCCUGGCGGCGCGUCUGAGACACGCGCAGGCGGCUUUUGUGGAGAGGGUGGGGCGGGAGGGGGGCAUGAUCGAGGAGUGCGUGGCGGCGGAACUGGAAGAGGUGGUGGGUGUGGUGGUGGACGCGAACCGCCUGCGGCGGAGCGUGGUGUCGGACAUCUUGAACGUGACGGACGUGUAUCAGGCUGCGCUGUUUCUGGAGUCGCUGGGGCAGUUUCUGGUUGGGCUUAGAGAUGAAAAGUCGCUGGCCCAAUUGGAAAAGUGCAAGAUGCCCAUUAAUUCAUAGGCCCACAAAACAAAGAUAGAUCGAUCCAUUAUCAUUUUUUCUUUGCUUUGCUUUGCUUUGUUGUACUGUAUCAUGGAACACUAAAAAAGGCCCUCAAUUCCGGAAAGAUGAUUCAAACACAUGACCUAAAUCCGUUCAAGUGUGGCAGAUUUUUGAACAUUAUUUCAAGGACAAACAAUGUGUACAAACUUUAAUAUCUAUGGUGUUUAAUUGUCAUUCAAGGC